AGGAAGGUCUGGUGUAUUACGCGUCGCGUAUGGCGCGGUGGCCGCGAUUUAAGCUUCAGGAAAGUUGUUUUCGAAUGUUAGAUUCAGCGAAGCGUCGUCGUUGCUGUCGCGAAAGUUUGGGAUUGUCGAUUAUUAUUUUUAUUACGUCAUAAUCGCUUCGACGCUGCCGCUCAAACUGUUCGAUUAUUAAUUUCGAGUGUAAUAAUGGAUGCUCUGUGACGUCACAUGUUGGUUUUGUAUUUAUUAUGACGAGACAAUGGGCAAACAAUGAAAAGUGUUUUCAAUGUAAUUGUGGAAUUCGAAUUAGUUGUGAGGUCAUAGUUAGCCCGUUUAUAUCGUCACAGAUAGAUUGCAAGGGUUUCUCUGACAUCAUAGUAACAAUUGUCAGCUUUGUUUUCACGCUUCGCUGGUUUUAACAGGAUCCUCUUUUUGGGGAAAAAUUCGAAAAAUUCUCGAUUUCGAUCGCGGUAGUCGCUAUAAUAUGAUAUUUCCAUGGUUUAACCUCACGCGUAUUGAAUAUCUUGUUAACUACCUUAGAUUGACGAUCAUCAUCAAUCAGAGUGACGUUAAGCAGAUAACAAAAAGCGACCGCGCGAGUUUCAAUUACGUUCUGUUUGUUUUGGUAAUUAGAGCCGUCUGUCUCAAAUAUUCCUCCGCCACUUCAAGUUAUCUUCGGUUAUUACGUCACAAACAUCGCUCACUAAACGCCAUGUUUCGCGACAACUUUAAGCCGGAAAUGACAUCACAAGUCCUCCAACUAAUUGACGACAAUUAGAUUCAACCCCCGAGGCGACAAAUACCAUUGUCGACCAAUUGUCGUCGAACAAUAUUCUUUUACUUUAUUGUGACGUCAUAAUCAUCGAUUAAUUGUGAAUUGGCCCGGUCAAGUUCAUUAUGACGUCACAAGCGCUUCUUUCGCUGGUUUCCUGUUGUUCCGCUCGGCCGACCACGUCGCGGAAUGUCGUUUCAAUUUCUUCUUCUUUUUCACAGAUUUCGCGUAAAAUGAAUUAACCAGCGUGACGUCAUAUAGGUAUUGUUACAUCACAGACGAUGAAGAGUUUUCUCGCGGCGUCGGUUCUUGUGUUGAUGACGUCACAAUUACUUGCGCAACAAUCGUCGGACAAUAGAAAAGAAGUCGAAUCGCGAAGUUGGAACAAUCGGAUUCUUGGACAAGGAGGUUGCCGAACGGUGUAUUAUGACUUGGUGUUCGUGUUGGACGCUUCAAGUAGCGUUGGAGAUCAGGAUUUCGGGCGGGUUCGAAAAUGGGUGUCCGACCUCGUAGCGACGUUCGACAUCGGCCCCGAUUACACAAGAGUCGGCGUCGUCGUUUACGCUGAAGAACCAGAGAUGGCGAUCGCACUCAACCAAUAUACGGAUCGAGAUUCCUUAAUUCAAGCGGUCGGGAAUAUUACUUAUUUAAACGGCAAUACUAGAACGGGAAAAGCGAUUCGAUUUAUGAAUGAAGAAUCCUUCAGUAUUGCCAACGGUGCGCGCGACAUCGAGUUUGGUUACAAUAGGCUGGCCAUUGUUCUCACCGAUGGCCGCGCGCAAGAUAAUGUGUUUAACCCGUCACUAGAGGCACAAAACAAUGGAAUCCAACUUUACGCUGUCGGGGUAUCAACGGCAGUGGUCGAGGAAUUAAACGAAAUCGCGUCCGACCCGGAUUCUCGUCACGUGAUGCAGGUGGACGACUUUCAAGCGAUCGAGAGGAUCCGGGAACUACUGCGGCAGAUCAUUUGUGUCGACGCGAUAUGUCCCGAUCUCGGCACCACUGAUGACCCUUUGAAAGGUGACCUCACCGUCAUACCAGGCUUCGACUUGAUUUCCGCUUUUGAUUUGGACAACUUGGCGAAAUUAACCGAUGACGUAACGAAGGUACCGGGUUCGAUUCCCGGUCUCGAAGCGUACCGGUUGUCUGGAAGUCCUUCAAUCAAAACACGCGACGUGUUCGGCAAGGGACUUCCCGAUCAAUACGUCAUUUCCUCUACGUUCCGGUUGAACGAUCGAUCAUCGAGGAAAAUAUGGAGCAUCAUGAAGAUUGUCGAUUCUUCGGGGAAUGAUCAGUUUAAUAUAAGGAUAAACCCGAGGACGAAAUCCCUCGACUUCAUCGGGUUGGGGUUGGACCACCGAUCCACCUCAAGCAAGUUCAAAAGUCGUCGUUACCCUCCGGUGGAAAAUCUCUUCGACAAAAAGUUUCACAAAGUAUUGAUGCACAUAAACAGCGGUUCUGUGACUUUAUUCAUCGAUUGCGUGAAAGUUGGAACGCGUCGUAUGCGACAAAAAGCUAACGAGAUUGAUAUCGGGGGAACCACCUAUCUUGGGAGGACGCGUCGGGAUUCCCCUGCAGAGUUUGAGAUACAAUCGAUUCGAUUAUAUUGUGAGGUCGAAUCCGCCGACAAAGCUGAGCUAACGUGUUGUGAACUUCCCCAACAUAGAAACCCAAUUUGCCCACCAAUCAGAGGAUACUCGGAAACGACAACUGAACCUGUUCCUGCAACAACAAAAGUUACAACAACAACCACAAAACCAACAACAACAACAACAACAACCACAAAACCAACAACAUCAACAACAACAACAACAACAACAACAACAACAACUACAAAACCAACAACAACAACAAACCCGACAACCCCACCUUUUGUCACAGCGAUCGGGUUCAUACCUGAUGAUGAGGAAGAUUCAAAGACAUCACCACCAGUGACAUCACCACCAGUGACAUCACCACCAGUGACAUCACCACCGAUGGGGGGGGACCCCAUCACCACCAGUGACAUCACUACCAGUGACAUCACUACCGAUGACAUCAUCACCCCCCCACAAAGAAACUAUCAAGAUACGGAUACUUACCCCACCCCCAACCUUCGUACCCCCCGAGGAAACCCCAAGAACAGCUCGGGGGGAACGAGGCCUAAAGGUGUGGUGGCCGUGGAGGGGGGUGAGGUGUGUGCCUGCCCCGCUGGACCCCCUGGGUUAAAGGGUGAAACGGGAAGUCCCGGGUACAAUGGGACCGAUGGGGUUGAUGGGAAACCGGGUGAAGCUGGAGCACAGGGGUUAGCUGGGGUGAAAGGUGAACCUGGGGUCAAGGGGUCAAAAGGGGGACCCCCUGGUAGUAAGGGUGAACCUGGGGUACCAGGGAAAGAUGGCGCGUUCGGGAAACCUGGGAGAAGGGGAGUUCGUGGAAGGGCGGGAAAAAUUGGCGAUAAGGGUGACAAAGGUGAACGAGGGUUGCCGGGAAAUGACGGGGUUGAAGGGGUCAAGGGUGAACCUGGGGCUGGGGGAAUCCCCGGGAAAGAUGGGUCACCGGGUGAACAGGGAUCGCCAGGUGUGCCGGGUAACCAUGGUAACCAAGGAUCAAAGGGCGAGAGGGGUGAAGAAGGAUUGGGGGGAACCCCGGGUCUGGAUGGGGAAGACGGAACGCCGGGUCCACCAGGAGUGGCGGGUGAAAUGGGGGCUCCUGGGUUAAGGGGUGAGGUCGGCCCACAAGGCCCCCCAGGAAUACCGGGAACCCCCUCAGAUAUUGAAGGACCCCCUGGCCCCAUGGGUAGAGCGGGUAACCAGGGGCGAGAUGGUGCACCGGGGGAAGAUGGGAAAGAUGGGGCGAAAGGAGCCAAGGGUGAAGUUGGGGGUCAAGGAAUACCCGGGGAAAGAGGGGUAACUGGAAUCCCCGGUAAAAAUGGGGGUCAGGGGUUAAAGGGGUCAACGGGGUCAGAUGGUGAACCUGGUCGACCUGGUGAACCUGGGGUCAAAGGUCAAAAGGGUGACAAUGGAGUCGAUGGAUUAAACGGAAACGAUGGGACGCCCGGUUCUGAUGGGAUUCCGGGGUUGGAUGGAUUGGACGGGGAAGCGGGGGCUACCGGGGCCCUGACCCCCAGGUGAUAUCGGGCCUCCUGUCUAGAGGGGCCGGGUGGGCCAGCGGGGCCACAAGGACCACCCGGGUUCGUGGGU